UUAUUAUCUUUAUCUUUGGCAUCACCCAAGUCAACUUCAAUGACAUUAUCUUCCACUCCGAUAAAACGAAGUUCUGUCUCCCCAAUAAUCAAUCCAAGUACAUUUCACACUUCCUCAAUGUCAUUAAGUGUAUCAUUGCUACUUCCUUCAUCAACAUUAAUUUCCACUUAUAUAUGUCAUUCUAAUACUAUUAGACUAGUUUGCGCUAAUUCAUCAAAAUGUUGCUUACCUUUGACCACAGUUUCCUCAUUAUUUUUAUCUUCCCCAACUACUACUUCAUCAUCACCAUCAUUGUCCAUUCUAUCAACUUCUAAAACAACUUUUAUCUCAUCACCACUUCCUUCAACAACUUCAAUCCAUACUCAUGCAUGCCAUCCCCAGACUAAUACCACUGAUCGUGGUCAGUUUGACUGGCCGCUAACACUAGCUGGAAUGACUGUUACCAUAUUGUGUCCUAAUGGCCCUAAUAGAACUACAGCAAGUAGAAUAUGCUCUGCUUCUUCUGAUUGGGAAUCACCAGAUGUGAUGAUGUGUGCUACUACUGAUGUUACAAAUGGAUUCAUUGAAUUAUCUAAAGUAAACAUUACAAUUGAUAAUCUUGGUUCAGCAGCCUUCAAUAUGAGCAGUUUAGUGGAAAAUGCAACACGUACUGUUGCAGACCAAAACAUUCAAAACAUUAACAUAAUAUCAACAGUAUUGGAAGCAAUAGUAUCUGUUCUUUUGAAUAUAAAAAAUUUGCCAUUAAUAAUUGAAACAACAGGAAAUAUUGUACAAACACUCAAUUUAUUAGUGGAAUGGUCCAUGGAUGUGACUAAUGUUUUAUCCAAUAAUAUAAUUCAAUCAUUUGAAGAAUUCAUACGGGUUGUAUUUAAACAGGAAAAUUUUACAGUGAUUAAAAUUGCUGAAGAAAACAUUUUGUUUAGAGCAGAAAGAUUUGCAAGAGCUAAUUUUAUUGGAUUAACAAUAUCAGCCAGUGCUUUUAAUAUUGGACUAAAUUUUAGUACUUCUGACAAUUUGAGUUCUUUGGCAUCUAUUGCAAAAGUGAUUUUGCCAAAGAACAUUAAACAUGUUAUAAAGAGUGAGAACAUUGAUGUAGCAUCAACUUUAUACAAGAAAACAAACUUCUUUCCAGUUCGUGAAGAAGUGAACUCUUCAUCAUCAGUAAUGACAGUGGUAGGUUCAGCUGUUAUCAGUAUAAUAGUUGGUGGGAUACCUGAUG